CGGAGCUGUGGGAGGUGGUACGUGUUUCCGGGCUCAAACGGCGUCCUGUCACAAAAUAUUUCCCCUAACAGUUACAGGGAAGUGUGUGUCUGGUGUCUUGUUGUAAAGACGAUGCUUCGGCGGAACAUUUAGUUAAUAUUAUUUUUUUUGGUCGCAGUUUAGGCGCUUUAUAGUCACAAAUGGAGGUGGAUGUUUCCGGCGAGCACGCGGCUCGCCCCACGCGGCGCUCAACAAGGAAGUCGGCAGCUAAAGAGCCGCAACCAUUUUCUUCCUCCUCAGCGCUGAAUGUGGAGCUGACACCGAGGGGACCUCUAAAGAGAACGAGACGGCGGGCAGAGAACCAAGUCCCACCUGCAGCGGUCAACGGCUCCAAAGAUGAGGAGAACGCCUCAGAGGAUGAAGACUCUCCCAGCAAGAAGAGUCGACUGGAGACUGAAGGGGAGGUGGCUGACAACGGCAUCGACGAAAAUGAGAUGGAAGUCCAGGAAGCGGAUGAAAAUCUGGAGAAAAAUGAAGAUCAGGAGAUGAUUUCAGAAGAGGCUCCUUCUCAAAAUACUCAUCAGCAGAAGCCGUGCCCAGGCCCGUGUGGCGACAAAGUUCCCCGUGUGAUGUUGGAGCGCUAUCCACCCGUUCACGCUGAGGAUCAGGACACAAACUGGACGAGACCCCAGAGAGUUCAGCCAUCACGGAAAGAGCAAGUAGCCUCCAACAAGUCAGCUCCUCAGCUCAAACAGCCCGAGAACAGGCAUGUGGCAGCGAAACCCAUCAUCACCAGUGCGGCACAAUACAACCCCAGGAUCCCGUAUAGUGCAGUUAUUCACAGGCCGAACCGUGUCUUAAGGCCAUGUCCCCUCACUGAGGUCACAUACACAACAAAGCAUGUGACUGAUGUUCCUAUACAGAAGCAAAGUCUUCAGCAGAGACGACAAGCAGGGAAAAAGACGUCUGCUGUUAUCAAGGGAAGUUCUGGUUUUUCUUCUGGAGGACGCAUGCGCUACCUGUGGGGAUUACUGCUCCUGGUGUUGCUCAGCUCUGCCGUUCUUCUGGCGUACAAGAACGUCCCUGCAUUCCAGAGGCAGAGUGGUGCCGGGUUUUCAUCUCGGUCUGUGAAGCCAGGAGUGUUGGCAGCUCAGUUAUCUAUUCUGGAGACUCAGUUCCCCAGCCAGCGCCCUGAGCUGUGGAAGAGGAGCAGGAUCCACCUGGAGAAGCACCUCCAGACGGCGCAGCCCACAGAGCCAGUCAGCCUGAUCCUGACUGCUGGCACUAAAGCUGAGGGGACGCUGCGCUGCCUGGCUCAAGCCCUGGCUUCCGCUUUCUCUGCCGCCCUCAACUCCUCUGUCCUCCACAUCGACGGAGCCAGUAAAGCCAACCAGGACAGCGACCAGGUCAAGCUGGACAUCGACAGCCAGCUGCGGGCAGCUUUCGAAGGCGACAAGCCCGUGGCCGUCGUGCACCGCUUUGACGAGCUGCCUCCAGCCUCCACACUCAUCUUCUAUCGCUACUGCGACCAUGAGAACGCUGCCUACAAGCAGGUCUUCCUGGCCUUUACUGUACUGCUGCCACAGGAAGACGUGGAGGGGAGUCUACGUGAUGUGGAGGAGAAGGUGCUCGACUAUGUCCAGAGUAAGUUUGUUAGCCCCUCCAACCAGACUGGAUUCAACAGGAUGGACCUUGACAAGUUCGGAGGACUGUGGAGCCGCAUUUCCCACCUCAUCUUGCCUGUCACCACUGAGAGUGAAGUAGAGUAUAAGGGAUGCUGAUGAACUGAAGCGGCAUCCCACAGGAAGUCAGGUUAUGUGUUGGGACCAGCCUUGUCUGUUCUGACACUGUGAAGGAGCUCUGGAGCAAAGGGUGAGCUACAAUUCUCCCUUCUUUGUCAUAAACUUCACACACAGACUUGGUGUUGAAAUUUGAAAUUUGACGGGUUGCGUGUCCCCCUCUGAGGAUACAGUAUGCUCAUGAAUCCAGUGUUCAGAUUCAGUCCAGCUGCUUCUGGUUUCACGGCGGCAAAACUUGGAUCAACAGAACAAAUGUCAGGACUAAUAUUGAGGACAGAUGAAGUCGUUUCACUUCAUUUAGUUUCAGAGUUUCCUUAGAUUUUGUGUUUAUAUUAUGCAUUGAACCUGUUUAUUUGUUCAUUUUUGUCCAUUGCAUUGUACCGAUUUACAAAUUGGAAGCACCAUGCUCAGCAGCACUUCACAUCUCAACUAUAGCAAUUACCCAGACCUGGAUGACACUGGUACCUCGUUUAAUUUUCUGUAAACUGCUCCAUUUAAGAUGAAAAUCCAUGUUUGCUGUUAUUCAGUAUCAAAUCUCCGAGAUGACUGUAACUGAUGUUCUGUAUAUUUCUGUUCACGUGUCCCCAUGAAGAUGUCUAAGGUGUUGUUUCAUUCCCUUUUCUAUGUACACAGUUGGAUUGGUUUGCACUAAAAUUCUACUGACAUUUGCUUUAAUUAUCUAGCUUCUCGAGGGAUUCUUAUUCUUGAUGGUGGGAAUAAGUAUUUUCUGAUCCUUCAUUUGGUUUGUAUCUGUGUAUUUGUAAUAUGAAAUCAUUUCCUGCAUUGAAAUGUUUUUAGACAGCUGUAUAUAUUGAAUAUAAAAAAAACAAAAAAAGUUUACUUCUCUGUACCUGUUUUCAAGGAACCACUGAAAUUAAUUUUCAGUUUGGCUUUUGAUAAUGAAAGUCUUUUUUUAAUAUGUAUUGUUAAGAAAUAUAUAUAGUUUCUCACAAAGUGAAUGUGAAUUUGAAAACGGAUGCUUUGGCUAAAAACAAGUCAGCAAGUCACAAAUUGUGCCUUAUGUAUUACACACUUGUGAUAAAGAUGAAUCGCUGAGUAAUUUUACCGAUUAAUCCUUAGCUCUCGGCAACAUUCAGAGGCAAAACAAGGUUUCUUGUUGGGCUGAUGGAUCACAUUCAUAUUUAAAUUUGGGCUAUAAAAUAGCUUCAAUAUAUAUAGCAUCAUUUCUUAGUUUCCACCAUUUUGAUCUGUUUCUUUUCAUUCCUCUCAUAUUAUCAUUUUAAGAUGAAGUUUAUUUUGGUUAUAUGAAUAUCUGUGUGUAAUUUCAAUAAAGUUUAUUUUGUUAGCUUGAACACAAGUUUUUAUAACCCCGGGCUGC